UAAAACUGAUCGGCAGGAAUCCCCUUGGAGGAAAUGUAGGCACGGGCGCGGGCACUUCUCUCGCCCGUAUUCAGGAGUAAUCAGUUGAAUUUUUUAGGCAAUAAAAACAAGUCCAACAAAUCAAAAUGAAGGUCUCUAGCAUAGACUGCCGGCGUCUGAGGAAAAUCAUCAGGAAGGAGUAUGGAAGCUGCCUUAUUGUGGACUGUCGACCUUAUUUUUCAUUCACGAACUCUAAUAUCAAAGGCUCAGUCAAUGUUAAUCUUAACUCAGUGGUGGUCCGGAGAUCCCGAGGAGGACCGGUGCCCCUGCAGUUUGUCAUCCCGGAUGAGAGAGCUCUGUUUAGGCUUCGGGAAGGGAGCAUUUCGGCUAUAGUAGCGCUGGAUGACCGGACGUCCCACUGGCAAAAACUGAAAAAGGACAGCGUAGCUCAAAUAGUAAUAAACACCCUGUCACAUCUUGCGAGCGGGGCCAACAUCUGUUUCUUGAAAGGAGGAUACGAGAAUUUCCACUCUCAAUACCCUGAACUUUGCACUGAGGUGAAAACCAUUGACCAGAGCGGAACUGAAACCGAGAAAAGAGUCAGCAACCACAGCGAGAAGCUUUCACACCACAAACCAGAUUAUGAUCAGGGUAAACCAGUAGAGAUCCUGCCUUUCCUCUACCUCGGUAGUGCCUACCAUGCCUCCAGACAGGAUUAUCUCAGCGACCUUCAUAUCACAGCCUUGCUCAACGUGUCACGCAGGGACCUGCAGCCGGCCAAGGGCCACUAUGACUACAAGUGGAUCCCUGUGGAGGACAGCCACAUGGCCGACAUCAGCUCCCACUUCCAGGAGGCAAUAGAGUUUAUAGAUCAUGUGAAGCAGUCAGGGGGGAAGGUCCUGGUACACUGCGAAGCAGGCAUCUCUCGCUCACCCACCAUCUGCAUGGCCUACAUCAUGAGGACCCAGCAGCUGCGGCUUGAUGCAGCCUUCGACAUCAUCAAGCAGCGCCGGGCAGUCAUCUCACCAAACUUCAGUUUCAUGGGUCAGCUGCUUCAGUUUGAGUCCGAGGUGCUGUCCAAUGCACCGGUUCAUGCUGCCACACCUGAACCGGCCACGCCCUGUGUCUCGGAGUCCGCUUCCUUUUUUGCCAAUGACUUUGCCACUACCUUUAACACCAAAAACUUUGAGCCGUCUGUGUUCACCCUCCCUACCUCUUGCCUGCAGUCCCCAGUCCACCACCAGUUCAAACUGAGCCCAAUAACUGCACUGCCUUAAAAUAAACUGUGACUGCUUGUAGUCUUACUUGAAAAUAUAAAAAUCAACGCUCUCUCUGUGUGCCUCGUGUUGAAUACGGCAGAGCAGAUAGACUGGAGAUCAGCCACAGACACAAAGAAGAGUCAAAGACAACUGUAUUCAUAAUAGGACUUGAAGCCUAUGAAAUCCAUGGGCUAGAGACACUGAUGCUUUUUUCCUGUCUUCUGAACUGCAGUGAUGAAACAACACAGCACAGUGAUAAACUGCAAUAUACAUGCCUUAGGUUGAUAUUGUGAUUCAUUUGCCUACUCACAAACAUGGUCAGGCAUUUAAACCUAAUUUAUUUGAAAAUGAUGGUCUGUUUUUUCAAUAAUGUGGAUAAAAAUAUGUGUUUAAUAAAUGUUUUCACUGCAAAAACA